GACUACAAAUACAGACCCAAGAAGAAACCAAAGCUGGACAGUUCCUCCAAACCCUCAGCCCCAUCUCCAGAGAAGUCCUGCACCAAAAUGUCCAAGAACUCCAAGAAAUGUCCCAAACUAAAAGCGAACAAGACGGGAAGCAAGUCGUCUCACUGCUACGGAGAUGACUACGUGUUUAAGAGCAUUAAAGUUUCAAAGACUGUCAUUAAAAGUGAAUUCACGGAUGAAGACGACGACUCCGAGGAGGACUCCUCUCGAGUCCGGGUGAAGGAAGAGGAAGAGGAUCCGAUCCGAGCCUACAAUGUAGCAAAAGUUCCCGCCAGCCCAACUUUGAGCUCGUCUACAGAGUCCGAGGGCGCCAGCAUGUACGAGGAGGUCCGGAACAACAGACUCUUCUACAAUUUCAAAAACAUCACCAAGCAGAGCACAAUGUAU